AUGCAGGCUCAGAAAGUUGAAGGGCUUGAAGAGAGCGCCCAGUCCCCCGCACCGGUAUCAUUUUUUGAUCCGGCGCUAAAGGAGGUCCGGCGGCGCGUGUUUGUGCAAUGGGGUCGCACCGUUCUGAUUCUUUGUGUCUUCAUCCUUGCUGUCCUCUCCAUCUUCUGGGGAUCGCAAUUCGGCGUUGAAAACAAAUUUGGGGUGCUCAAGGUCUGGGUUGUCGACUUCGAUGGCCAGAUAGGCCCUUAUGUCACCAACGACACUAUCGUCGGCCCUGUCGUCACCGAUGUGACCCGACAAACCCUUCAAUCAAAUGUUCCUUCCCUCGGGUACACCAUUAGAUCGCCCGCCGACUUCGACUAUGACCCUUGGGCCGUGCGCCAGAGCAUCUAUGACGAACACGCCUGGGCGGCCAUCAUCGUCAACCCCAAUGCGACCAGUCUGCUGCGCGCUGCGGUGGCCCGCGGCAACACAACCUAUGAUCCAACGGGCGCGAUCCAAACCGUUAUCAUCUCGGCACGCGACCAAAACGCCUAUCCGACCUAUAUCCAGCCGCAACUCUCGAUUCUCCAAAAUGCAAUCCUGCUAGAGUUCGGCCCGCGGUGGGCCCGAGAACUAGUUUCGCAACAGUCGUCCACGAACCUAUCCAAGGUACCUCCACAGGCCAUCAACCCGGGAAUCGGGUUCACGAAUAUCGAUCUGCGCCCGUUUGUGCCGUACGUCGCAGUGCCGUCUGUGACCAUCGGCCUGAUCUACUUGAUCAUUAUCUCAUUCUUCAACUUUCCGUUCCUGAUGCCCAUCCACGCGCUGUUCAUGAAACCCGAGGGUCAUCCACCACUGAAGGCGCCGCAAUGGAUCAUCUGGCGAAUAUGUUCCGCGAUCCUCGCAUACUUCUUCCUCUCAUUGUUCUACUCCUUCGUCUCAUUGGCCUUCCAGAUUCCCUUCAGCAACCCGACGGCUUCGGAUACCCAGCCGGCCACCAAUGCUAAUGCCUAUGGCCGCGGAUCUUUUGUUGUGUAUUGGAUGUUGAAUUGGGUCGGAAUGGCCGCUCUGGGGUUCCCCUGUGAGAAUAUGGCCAUGGUGCUGGGUUUCCCAUGGAGCUCAUUCUUCUUGAUUUUCUGGGUCAUCACCAAUGUGGCCACUGGAUUUUAUCCCGUUGAAAUGUCCGCUGGAUUCUUCCGAUGGGGCUACGCAUGGCCAUUGCACCGGAUUAUCGAGGCUAUUCGCACGAUCCUGUUCGACACGCACUCUCGCAUUGGCCUCGACUUUGGGGUCCUGUUCGCGUGGAUCGGCGUCUCGCUUGCAUUUUUCCCCGUUGCGACGUUCAUCAUGCGCUGGAAGGCGAAGCGGGGACUGUAA